ACCACAACUACACCUACAAACACAACACACUACUACCAUCAACCACAACCAAACUACACCACAACUACAUCAACCACAACCACUACAACCACCACCACACCCGCUCCAGUCUACGUCUGCCCCAAAGGAUGGACGAGAUUUGCAGACUCGUGCUAUCUGAUUUCUACAGUCAAAGGCAACUGGGACUCGGGAAAUAAAUAUUGCAAGAGCAUCAGCGGUUCCUACGUCACGAUCUCUUCUUUGUCUGAGCAGACCUUCGUUAAAAGUCAGCUGACUGACAGCACGUGGAUUGGCUACAAUGACCUGGCUAAAGAAGGGACGUUCGUGUGGGCAUCGGGAGAAACCUCGACUUUCAAGGCGUUUAACUCAGGAGAACCUAACAACGGCUACAUCACUGCAGAAAAUUGCGUCGAAAUGCGUAAAUCGGCCAGUUACCUGUGGAACGACGAGGGCUGCUCUACCUCCAACUACUAUGCAUGUGAGACUGCCCUGGUGAAGGCAUAGAUUUUAGGAUCUUCUGGUGAUCGUAUCAGGAAAUAACGUAUCUUCGCAGGUCAUCGAAUUCAACUCGAAGUUAAUUAUAGUUGCAAGUAAAAAAUACUGUUCCAAUUAUUCUACUGAAUGAAUUUUAAUUCUCAUUACAUUUAUGAGUGAUAUGAACACAAGAUCCUUUUCUCAUUUGCUGUAAUAUUGUAGUUGGAAAAAAUGUAUUUUAAUAAAGGUUCAUUGGCA